AUGGCGGCAGGAUGCGCCAGUGGUUCUGGAACCGAGAGGGCGGUGGGCAACGGCGGCCGGAGUCCCGAUGGGGGAAAAUGCGAGGCGUGCAUGGUAGUAACCUGCUAUGUAAUCGCAGUCCCACUCUUCUUCUGCUCUUCUCCAGUAUUCCAUCCUCUCCUCCUCUCCUCUCUCUCUCCUCUUUUCUCUUUCUUCCUCUCCGAUGAGCUUCUCACGCCGUCGGAUUACACGAUAUUCACCCCUUUGACUCAUUCGACCGAUCCGUCAUUCAUCCCUGAUUCCCUACCUACUUACCGCCUGCCUCUAUCAUCCCGCGUCCUUCUCCCGCUCCAUCUCGGCGGGCGAUGGCAGGUUCGUCAUAAACUUUGCUCGAGCGCUGGACGACUCCCGGUAACGACGGAGCGAAUCUUUUGCUGCAGCCACCCUCGCCCUCUUAAGAGCUUACUUCGAGGGCCCCGGACCGUGGCGGAACGACGGAUGCUGUUCGAGAGCUGUCAUUCCUGCUGCUCUUAUCUGCAAACAAUAUUCCCGCUUGCAGCAUGCGCGAUCUCCCUGGUCUUGAUUAUCUCCCGGCUUGUCCACCGCUUUAUCGUCGCCCGCAAGAACCCCUCGUAUCAGAUUCUCGUGGACACCCCCUCCGAAGAUGACACGAGAAAUGCGAUCUUCGUGGAGGAACAACCGGGCGAGGAAACCGACCCAAUGUUGCUGAAAGCCACCCAAACCGAAUCACUCCGUUUCGAGAUCGAUCGUCCCCGGGGCGAAAUUGUGACCGUGGAGUUGGAAGCCCUCGCUCUCUCCGCCCAAGUCGGCAUCUUCAUUGCGAUUCUCUUGACGGAUGGCUGGGGUCACCGAGGGACCCUUCCGGCGGUGGCAAGACUGAUUUCCUGGAGCUACGUUCUCUUCUUGACUCUAAUUCGAUUGGUUCUUUCCAUCCGAGGCCUGCAUUCAUCUCCGCGACUCUGGGACCAUACGGCUGCUUUGUAUGGGUUGCAAUGGCUGUUUACCAUUUUUGUCUUCCGGUCUGCCAUCAUUCACCCGGUAUCGAAACGCGCGAUGAUUUUCAGUGCGACCGAAUUUGCUCUAUCGUCGCUCCUAGUGCUCAUCGCUUUCUCCACCCGUAGAGGGAAUAAAGCGGUGUUGGUUCCACACGAGGAUGGAUUGCAGCCGGCCAAGUACCCUACUGCCAGCAUAUUCUCACUCCUCAGCUUUUCCUGGCUGGAUCCGCUUAUCCUCAAGGGCUAUAGGCAGCCACUUGAGCUUGAGGACGUCUGGAAUGUGACUUCUUCCCAAAAGGCCGCCGCCGUUCUGGAAGACUUUCGCCGCCGACGGUACAAAGGCGGCCUCAUGUGGAGGCUGGGAUGCUAUUUCUUCCCCACGAUUCUGCUUCAAGGCGCAUGGACCAUCUUUUCGAACAUGUUCACGUAUCUACCCACCAUUCUCCUCCGAGCGAUCUUGCAAUAUGUUGAAGAUCCAAGAUCAACCACAGCAAACGCUGCUUGGAUGUACGCGACGUUGCUCUUCUGCUCGGGCGCUAUUCAAGGUAUCGCCGAUGGGCAGGCUCUGUGGAUUGGCCGAAAAAUGGGCCUGAAGCUUCGCGCUAUCAUCAUCGGCGAAAUUUACGCCAAGGCCCUGCGGCGGAAGGCUGGCGCGGCGGUGGAUUCUACCGCAAAGAACGCUGAUGCCCCGGAGGCCAAGAAAAAGAAGAAACUCUUCUCCUUUGGUCGCAAGAAGAAGGAUCAAAAGCCCUCCGCUGAUCCAGAGUCUGCCCAGAACAAUACCAAGGCGGAAGAGGAUGAUCCUAACGAGCUGGCGAACAUUGGGACCAUCAUCAACCUCAUGGCCAUUGACUCCUUCAAAGUUAGUGAGGUGGGCGCUUAUCUCCAUUUCCUGUGGGCGAGCGUGCCCGUACAGAUAGUUAUCGCUGUCACUCUCCUUUACCGUCUAUUGGGGUUCAGCUCGUUUGCUGGUAUUGUCAUCAUGGUUCUUAUGUUGCCAGUGAAUCUCUUAAUCGCCAAGCAGUUCACCAAGGUGCAGAAGCAGAUUUUGAAAGGAACAGAUGCUCGAAUUCAUGCCACAAAUGAGAUUCUGCAGAACAUCCGAAUCAUCAAAUACUUUGCUUGGGAGCAUCGUUUUCAAGAUAUUGUGAACGAAAAGCGGAGGGCUGAGCUCAAGGCCUUGCGCUUCCGCUACAUAAUUUGGUCCACGGCAGCUACGGUCUGGUAUGGCACACCAAUCUUUAUCACGUUCGCUUCAUUCUUCCUGUAUACGGUGGUCGAGAAAAAGCAAUUAACCCCGUCGAUUGCUUUCCCUGCCCUGUCGAUGUUUUCGCUUCUUCGAGUUCCCCUGGACCAGCUGGCCGAUAUGGUGGCACACGUUCAAGAAUCGAAAGUUUCUCUGGACCGAGUGGACAAAUAUCUUAACGAGGAAGAGACUGAAAAGUAUAUCCAAUUGGACCCAGGCGAGGCUGAUGGACAGCCACCCAGAAUUGCCCUGGAGAAGGCAACCCUCGCAUGGGGCAGCCCCAAAGGGAGCUACCAGGAUGAUCUCUCGAAAGAUACCGAUGCCUUCCGCCUCAUCAACAUUGAUGUGUCCUUCCAAGUCGGGGCGCUGAACAUCAUCACCGGCCCAACCGGUUCGGGCAAAACGUCGCUUUUGAUGGCUCUCUUGGGUGAAAUGAAGCUGUUGGAAGGACGGGUACAUUUGCCUGGGGGUACAGUGAGCAGGUCAGAUCUUCCCGUGGAUCCCCAAACGGGCCUCAUAGAAAGUGUGGCAUACUGUGCGCAAGAAGCGUGGCUGGUCAAUGAUACCGUCAAAGAAAACAUCGUCUUCGCCUCUCCCUUUGAUCAGCGCCGAUAUGAUGCUGUCAUCAAGGCUUGUGCCCUGGAGCGAGAUCUGGCGAUUCUCGAUGCGGGCGACCAGACCCUUGUUGGAGAAAAAGGCAUUAGUCUUUCCGGUGGACAAAAGCAGCGCAUCUCACUUGCUCGUGCGAUUUACAGCAGAGCUCGGCACCUUUUGUUGGAUGACUGCUUGAGCGCCGUGGAUUCUCACACUGCCAAACACAUUUUCCGCGAGGCGCUCACGGGUCCCUUCAUGAUGAACCGCACCUGCAUUUUGGUAACCCACAAUAUUGCUUUGACCGUUCCCCAGGCAAAACAUGUCGUCGUUCUUGAAAACGGCAAGGUUGCUAUUCAGGGCCAUCCUACGGAUGUGGCUGUCACAGGACUCCUUGGCGAGGAGCUACUGAAGUCAGGGCCAGUGUCCAGGGCGAGCUCCCAACGGCCUUCUCGCAUGCCGUCCGACUUCGAUGGUAGUAAACCAGGCCCGGAGGAAACGCCAACACCCAAUGGUGAGGCGAAUGGCUCGACGUCAAAGGAUAAAAAGGAAGAUGUACGGCCGAACAUGGUGGAAUCUAAGGCAGUCGGCAGCAUCAAAUGGUCGACGGUCAUCAUGUACCUCAAGUCCAUGGGGUCUUGGUAUUACUGGAUUGGUGCUUUGAUUGUCUUCUGCCUGCAACAAUUGGGAUCCGUAUCAACAAACAUUUGGAUCAGACAGUGGGCAAACUCUUAUCAGACCCAAAAUGUCCGCACCGAUGAUGUUGGUAACUACGCUGCGAUGACUGGCCUCAAAUUCCCAUCCUUCAAUGCAGGUGGUGUUCCACGUACCUCCCCUGUUGGCACUUCUCACUUCAAUACUCAAGCGAACACCUCAGCGGGGAGCGACGUGAACGUCUCCUAUUAUCUCGGUGUAUAUGCUCUCCUAGGCAUCGCUUACAUUCUGAUUUCGUUGAUCAGAGAGGGUUUCCUUUUCUGGGGAUCGCUGCACGCCUCUUUCAACAUCCAUAAACGUCUUCUGAACGCGGUGAUGCACGCGAAGUUCAAAUUCUUCGACUCUACGCCGCUUGGCCAGCUUAUGAACAGGUUCUCCAAGGACGUCGAGGCUGUCGACCAAGAGGUCGCGCCAGUGGCAAUUGGCAUGCUCCACUGCUUAGCUUCGGUGUUGAUGAUCGUGAUUCUGAUUUCCGUGAUCACUCCCGGGUUCUUGAUUGCAGGCAUCUUCAUCACGCUGGUAUACUUUGCUUUGGGCGCUGUCUACCUCAAUUCUUCGCGUGACCUGAAGAGACUAGAAUCUGUGCAACGUAGUCCUCUGUACCAGCAGUUUGGAGAGACUCUGAACGGCAUCGUCACGAUUCGAGCAUAUGGCGACGGACCAAGAUUUAUCGUGGACAAUCAUCGUCGUAUCAAUAACUAUAAUCGUCCCCACAUCUAUCUUUGGGCCAGCAAUCGAUGGCUAGCAUUCCGGGUUGACGUUACCGGUGCUUUGGUGUCCUUCUUCACAGCGGUUUUCGUCAUCACCAAUAUUGGCAGAAUCGAUGCAGGUGCAGCUGGACUUUCGUUGACCUACGCCGUCACCUUUACUGAGAACGUUCUGUGGUUAGUCCGUCUCUACUCAGAGGUUCAACAGAACAUGAACUGUGUUGAGCGUGUGAAGGAGUACCUGGAGGUUGAGCAGGAGGCAGACGCGGUCAUUCCUGACUCUCGACCCCCGGCGGAUUGGCCUAGCGGUGGAGCAGUGGAGUUCGACAACUAUACCACCCGCUAUAGGCCUGACCUCGACCCUGUUCUCCGCAGUGUAUCUUUCUCCGUUCAGCCCGGCGAGAAAGUUGGUAUUGUGGGUCGGACUGGAGCCGGAAAGAGCUCGCUGGCUCUGGCUCUCUUCCGCGGUCUUGAGGCAGAAAAGGGACGCAUCAUCAUUGACGGAGUGGAUAUCGGCACUAUUGGCUUACGCGACUUGCGAGAGGCCAUCACAAUAGUGCCUCAAGAUCCUACCCUCUUUACCGGAACUAUUCGAAGCAAUCUUGAUCCGUUCAGCUUGUUCAGUGACCAGCAGAUCUUCACGGCCCUCCGCCGAGUGCACUUGAUCGGCUCGGAGGCCUCUGGAGUCGCCACUCCCAUGACCAGCAGCACUCUCUCCGUUGCUGAGGCAGGGUCCACGCCGGAAAUCAACGGGUCAGCCCUUCUGGACAAUAAGAACAUUUUCCUCAACUUGAAUACGCCGAUUUCGGAGUCCGGGUCCAACCUCUCCCAGGGCCAACGACAACUCUUGUGUCUUGCGCGCGCUCUUCUCAAGAACCCGAAGGUCUUGCUUAUGGAUGAAGCUACAGCUUCCAUCGAUUACACCACCGAUAGCAAGAUCCAGGAAACGCUGCGAGAACUGCGAGAAAGCACCAUCAUCACCAUCGCUCACCGCCUGCAAACCAUCAUUGACUAUGACAAGGUGUUGGUACUGGACCAUGGCCGCGUGAUUGAGUAUGAUCAUCCUUAUACCCUCAUUAAGCGUGAGGGCGGGCUCUUCCAAAGCAUGUGUGAAAAUAGCGGAAAUAUGGAAGGGCUUCUGGAAGGAGCCAAGAAAGCUUGGGACCAGAAGCGUCUUGUGGAUGACUCCUAA